UUAUUUGCAUAUUAAACAUGUUACACACGCCAACUUUAUAAGCCGUAUAAAAUAGUUAUCAGUAUUGAAUCCCUCGAUGUAGAAAAACCAUAAAUUUUUAGUGACGGUUAAGUUUUAAUCAAAAUGGUUAAAUUACUAUUAAAAUUUUUAGUACUUUUAUCAAUAAACUUAUUAGUGCAGUGCGAGAAUAGUGAAUUAUUAGCUGUUACAGUGUUAUUCCGCCAUGGAUGCAGAUCACCAAGAAAAACUUUCCAAAGUGAUCCAUAUAAUGACAGGUUUCUUGACAUUUGGCCUGAAGGGUUAGGACAGUUGACAAAUCUAGGUAAAAGGCAACAAUACGCUUUGGGGCAGUGGUACCGUAAUUAUUAUAAAGACUUUAUUCCCCAAAAGUACGACCCGAACUUUCUUCGUGUUUUCUCCUCGGAUGAAGACAGAUGUUUAAUGUCUGCAGCUGCAAAUCUGGCAGGAUUGUUUCCUCCAAAAGAGGAGCAAGUUUGGAACCCGAAUCUUCUUUGGCAACCAAUACCCAUUCACACAACACCAAAAGUCAAAGACUAUACUGUACGUGGCGAAGCGUAUUGUCCAAAAUAUAGAAAGCUUUAUGCGGAUCUGCUUUCAUCGAAAAAUGUCACCGAUUUUAUGGACGAGCGGAAAGAUCUAUUUAAGUACUUGACAGAACACGCAGGUGAGAAUGUUACUACGUUGGCUGAUGUCACAUUCCUUCACGACACUCUUUUCAUAGAAGACUACCUUAACUUGACUAUACCCGAAUGGACUAAGAAAGUCUUUCCACACAAGACUUUACCAUUAUUAACUAAAGUGUAUGUUUUGGACACGUUUACUACUGAAUUAGCAAGGUUGAAAUCAGGUCCACUUGUAGACUACAUCACUACUUUCUUUGAAGAUGCACUUAAGGAUCCUAAAAAUUCACAAAAGUUUUUGAUGCUUUCUGUUCACGAUAGUACACUCAGUCAUCUUCUUAACGUGUUGAAGGUAUAUGACAACACUUGGCCAGAAUAUGCAUCUACAAUUAUGUUCGAACUCAGACGUGGAGAGGGAGAACCUUUUCUAAAUGUCAAUUUUAAAAAUAGUACAAUGAUGAGAAACAUAGUGUUGCCUGGAUGUUCUAGAGACUGUAAUUUUGCGGAGUACCAGAAAAUCAUACAACCCAUCAGGAUAACUGGAGAUGAAGCCGAAAAUGAAUGUAAAAGUUACCAGUGAAUGAAGAGUAAUCUAAUAAUAGAAUCAAGUAAAACAACCUUUUUGUAUUUUGGUAUGUACAUAAAUAUUUCGUGUUCUA